AUGGAUCACCCCUCGUGUCUGCAUGUUGGACAAAGACCACCAGCUCCUGACUUUUACCGUCCACCACCAUCACCUGUUGUUGACCUGCGGGCAACGGCAACCCCUGAAAACCACUGGGAGCAACAACCACCACCACCACCUCCGUAUACACCGCUCCCGACGCUUCCACUUCCACCACCACCACCGCCGAGGCCGCCCCGGCCGCCCCCACUUCCGGUGCGGGUCAAUGUAGAUCCCGGCAUCGGUGCACUCCGGAUUGAAGACCCUCUCCGGCCGGUGUCGCGCGGCGAAGACAGAAGCCCGCAAAGCCCCUAUUUUCCACCACCACCACCACCACCACCACCGCCGCUCAGUCACCGGCUCCGGGUGCAGACCAGUCUACCGAAUUUAUCCCAGUACGGGUUAAAGUCUCCCAGUCUGAGCCCACGCCCAACAACUCCCACACCCGUCAGCGCCGCUGCGACAUUCGGGCCGGGUGUGACCCCCGGACCUAACUCUGGUGCAGAGUCAAAACCAUUCUGGCAAAACGCCCUUUCAGAAGCCCGUUAUUUCGCCGGUGGCUUGAUCCCACCGCCAACCGAGUCAACAAAGCACUACACCAUUUUGCGACAUUCCUCACCACUCAUCUUUUAUCGUGGCCCCAGCACCUCAGUUGAGAUAUCCAUCUUCAGCGCCCCAGACUAUCCCCUCCCACCAGAUCGCUCAAUAUGGCUUCAACAACGCGGCUUCUCCGGCGACAGCGGCAUGAAGAUCAAAGCCUUCUUCGGCUCCACAGACGACUGGUUCAACGUCACCCCUUCCGUCGCCGUCCAGCCAGACGAAGUCGAGCGUGACACCGAGCGCGGCUGGAAGAGAGACAUGGACAAAGCCGCCAGAAAGAUGCUCAAAGAUAAAGGCCCCAAAAAAGCCCACAUCCCCCGCGAAACCCACGUGGUCCGCAUCCCUGAAGCCUCGGACGACGGUUACUUUCGUCUUCACCUCUGCGCCGGUGGCCCCCCUGAUGGUCAGGCAGACGAAACCAGCUCCUCCUCAAAACGCAAAAUCCUCUGCUCCUCCCCCAUCUUCCGCAUAGCCAGCACCUCAACCGACUCGUCCAAAUUCCGCGGCGCAACCCUCUCCACCCUCCCCCUCGAAGCCGCAGCCUUUGUCGGCUCAAAGGUGAUCCUCUCCCGCGUCGACCCCAUCAUUGCCCCCAUCCAAGCAGGCUACGACCGCGUCGCCCCCGGCAUGGUGAAAACCCUAGCCUACGAGAUAGCCACAGACAAAAUAAACGAAAAUGCCGCCCUCCGUCAAGAAAAAAACUCGUACAUCUCCUCCUCCCGCUCCUCCUCCUCCUCCUCCUCCUCAUGCCAUGAUAUUGGCCCCGACUCCGGCCCCUUGCCCCCCUUCCCCCUGAAAUUCACCGGCCUCGUCAACCGAGGAACGGGGAGAUCCACCGCCGAACUUGGCGUCCCCACCGCAAACUUGCUGCGCACAUCCCCCGAAUCAGCAAGGUUCGCCCUAAGGGGUGUGUACGCCGGGUGGGCGUGCAUCCUCCCGCCCAAAACCGCCUCCUCCUCCCCCGACUGCCCCCCGCCCCCAUCGCCAGUCUGGCACGAGGCUCUCAUCUCCGCCGGCCCUCUCCCCUCCUCCCGACCGCAAGCGGCCCCAGAGCCGCAGGUUGCUGUCCACCUGCUCCACGAAUUCCCCCGUGGUUUUCUCGGGAGGGAGAUCAAAGUCAUUGCAAUGGGGUAUCUUCGCCCGUGUCUGGGGUUCAACGCGCAGAUAGAGGACAAACUAGUGGCGUUUAGUCAGGACGUGCACAUGGUCUUGUCUUGCCUUUCUGGGCCGGGAAGGAGAGAAAAUUGGGGACCUGAAAACGCGGCGGUGCUGUUGAAGCAAAAGAAGAGUGAGAGAGGAAUGGGGGAGAGAUUUCUGGAUGUCAAGCAAAAAGUUGCGAGCAAAGUGCCGAGUGUGCCGCUUCACAAGGUUGGGAUUAGGGGGUUUGAUCCCGAGGCGAAGGAUAGGAUGCAUGGGAGGGGGGGUUAUUGGGUUAGGAGGUGA